UAUUACAAAUGAAGUUCGGUGAAGAUUGCCAUGUGGCACUGUCGAAGUUCCGCAAAAGCAGCUGUCUGUUGUCUCUUGUUGACUUAUUAUUGAUGGCUCAUUCAUCUUUCUUUCUUGUUUGCUCCUGGCUUGGAGAACAGAGUGUUCAAAGGCAUUGAUUGGAGAUUUUAGGUACUAUCAUACUGCUGAAGUGGCUUUUGUCGAGCAAGUACCGCUACCAUAGAAGAAGAAAGACAACCAUUAGAACGCAAUCAUGAGGGUUGCCAGCUACACGAAGUUGUAUUCGUUCCUUUGCAUCUUGCCCUUUUUCCAUUCCACUUCUGCUGCAUCUGUGCUUUCCAACACGACACACAUCGAGGAAGGCAUCAUUCGCCAUCACUACUUUAAAAACAAUGAUGGAAACCACAAGACGUGUGAUUCAGUUCUGUUGAUUGGAGUUGGAACCGCCAUGCGAGCCAAUGACUACGAUUUGUUGGCCAUUGAGAUUGCCAAGGCCAGAACCAAUGCUGUGGUUGCUAUUAUCGAUCAUGCACCCAUGGAUCCAAUCAAAACGUCCGGGGAACGAUACGCCAACUUGGUCCACGCCAUUACCGCCCGGUUGCAUCAUUUGAUUCCGGAAUGCCGCUCUCAAAAGCCCCACUUUUUCUUGGGUGGACAUUCCGCCAGUGGCCAAGCAUCGAUUCGUGCUAUGCAAAAAGGACUCUCAUCAGUAUUUUCACCCGCCGGUUGGAUCGGCUUGUCUCCUUUUCGAAUUUCCACCGACAUGGUCUUGUCGAAUGUGCCCACGUUGCUGUGGGGUUUUAGCACCACCACGUGUGACGUGGAUAUUGAGCAGGCCGCCGAUUUGGCCUAUCAAUUGAGCAACGCCACGACCGGUCGGGUUUUGUAUCAACUCCAAAAUCCCACCGGAGAGCCGCGUCAUUGUGUCUUUUGCAACGAUGGAUGUCCCAUGUGUCCAGCUUGUCAAAAGGAAAAAUGGAUUCGAUCGGCGGUGGCCGAGUCGGUAGACAAGUUCUUGACGGCAGUACUGGAAACCAAAUCGUUCACGAGGGAAUCCAUGAAACUAUUGCCACAAGGGAUAGGAGAGGAUCAGCUCAAGAUGUUUGUGGGAGACGAUACUAUCGUUCGAAUCUCAAAUCAAAGAACUGAACUGAGUUAGUAGAGUGGGAAGAGGUGGCGAUGAUGUACCGGUACUAGUUUGGCUGGUCUUUGGUUGGCAACAGUGUCUGUUCUCGGUUCUUCGUUGAAUACUGUAAUGUAUACUAACUUUAGAAGGCUCUCUCGAUCAACGAGUUGGCGAUGUAUGCACGCGUUGCUUAUGAAUUGUGUACCAUCAACCUUCGACUGUGUAUUACAGUGUUGUAUUGGCCCAUUUUCGUACUAGCUGGGGUUGGUUGCUGGCUACUUGACUUGACCUACUCUAUAUCACCUCGGAACAUAUACCGCGCCGCAUUGGUGACCGCACUGACAACCGAAUUGAAGAUUUGGGCGCACGUGGGGUAAAUGCUGCAUCCGUCGCAGGAAUCGUCCGUGAGUUGUUCUUGAAUCCAUUGACUGUAAUGCGAGACGCGGGUAUAUCCAUCUGGGACACCCGUGCCACAACCCCCACUAGAUCCAAAAGAAAC